GGAGGGGGGGGGGGGGGGUGAAGCCGGCAGUCGAUCUCUCCCAGUUUAACAGACGCACACAGACCGGCAUCCAGCAGCAGCAGGACUGAACAACAGAAAGAUGAGAGAAAUCGUUCACAUCCAGGCGGGACAGUGUGGGAACCAGAUCGGGACCAAGUUUUGGGAAGUCAUCAGCGACGAGCACGGCAUCGACCCUGCGGGAAAUUAUGUGGGUGACUCAGCUCUCCAGCUGGACAGAGUCAACGUCUACUACAAUGAGGCUUCCUCACAUAAAUACGUCCCCCGGGCAGUGCUGGUUGACCUGGAACCAGGAACCAUGGACAGUGUUCGCUCAGGAGCCUUCGGACAACUCUUCAGACCAGACAACUUCAUCUUUGGUCAGACAGGUGCGGGGAACAACUGGGCCAAAGGCCACUACACGGAGGGGGCGGAGCUCGUGGACUCGGUCCUGGACGUGGUGAGGAAGGAGUGUGAGCACUGCGACUGUCUCCAGGGUUUCCAGCUGACUCACUCUUUGGGUGGUGGCACCGGCUCAGGCAUGGGCACCCUGCUGAUCAGCAAGAUCCGCGAGGAGUACCCGGACCGGAUCAUGAACACCUUCAGUGUCAUGCCCUCACCUAAGGUGUCGGACACCGUCGUGGAGCCCUACAACGCCACCCUGUCGGUCCACCAGCUGGUCGAAAACACAGAUGAGACCUACUGCAUCGACAACGAGGCCCUGUACGACAUCUGUUUCCGCACUCUUAAACUCACGACGCCGACCUACGGCGACCUCAACCACCUGGUGUCUGCCACCAUGAGUGGCGUGACGACCUCGCUCCGUUUCCCUGGACAGCUCAACGCAGAUCUCCGCAAGCUGGCAGUCAACAUGGUGCCGUUCCCCAGGCUCCACUUCUUCAUGCCUGGGUUCGCUCCUCUGACGGCGAGGGGCAGCCAGCAGUACCGAGCCCUCACCGUUCCUGAGCUCACCCAGCAGAUGUUCGAUGCCAGGAACAUGAUGGCGGCCUGCGACCCUCGCCAUGGCCGCUACCUGACCGUGGCCACCGUCUUCCGUGGGCCCAUGUCCAUGAAGGAGGUGGACGAGCAGAUGCUGAACGUCCAGAACAAGAACAGCAGCUACUUCGUGGAGUGGAUCCCCAACAACGUCAAGGUGGCCGUCUGCGACAUCGCUCCUCGGGGCCUCAAGAUGGCCGCCACCUUCAUUGGUAACAGCACAGCCAUCCAGGAGCUGUUCAAGAGGAUCUCCGAGCAGUUCUCGGCCAUGUUCCGCCGAAAGGCCUUCCUGCACUGGUUCACAGGCGAAGGCAUGGACGAGAUGGAGUUCACAGAGGCCGAGAGCAACAUGAACGACCUGGUGUCCGAGUACCAGCAGUACCAGGAGGCCACCGCCAACGACGGCGAGGAGAACUUUGAGGACGAGGAGGACGAGAUCAACGAGUAAGGAGACCGAACACGACCGGUUAAGGUCUGAGAGAACACUGGUAGGACGAUCAUGGGUUGUCAGAAUAAUAACACAGUCAGUCGAUAAACUAGUCAGUUUGAGUUUUGAUUCUUUUGGUAAAGAAAGAAUAUUUAACAUUUGCAACAACUGCAAUAACAACAGCUUCAUAACUUCUACAAGAUACGGUUUUCAUUUACCUUUACCUAAAUGAGGGAAUCUAAUCUAAAUCCUUUCUCUAACUUUAACCAGGUAGCCUUUCUGUCUAAACGUAAUCAAACUUUAACCAUGGACAAAUUAUCUAAUUUAACUGUUUGAGGAUGAGGAUGUUGAUCAGUGCAGUUUUAGGAUUAAAAAGAAUACAACCAAAGCACAGAAUGUUUGGUUACAGUCGUUGAAAUAAAUAUCUAAUUACUGAUUUUAAAGCAACACAGUGUAACUUCUGUUGAGCAGCAGCGCCCUCUGCAGCCAUGAGUGAAGUCUGAGUGACGUAAUGUUGCUUUAAAGAAGAGAAUAUGUGCAGUAAAUGGUCAUUUUAACCAUUUAACAACUGUAUACACGAGAUACAAAAACAACUCUUUUUGUACUGUGUUUGAGUCUGUUUGUUGUUUUCAAACUGUGAUUUUUGUACAUGUGAGCAGGCUGUGAGUGGCUGAAGAGAGGAUGAAAUAAAAGCUUCUUUUAAGGCCUUAAAGCGUUA